GUGAGUCCGGGGGUUGUCAGGUGACGAGGCGCGGUGGCGGGGAGAGCCCGGAGAAGGCGACGAACUCGGUACCGACGAGACCGAUCGAGGGAAGGCGAUGUCGGCUUAUCCCAAUCGCUACAACCCGUUCGCCGAAGAGGAUGACGAGGAGCAGGAGGGUCGGCCGGCGGCGGACUGGGAAGACGGGGCGGCUGGGCCCGCCGCCGAUGAUGACAGGCAGUGGUCCCUGAGGCAGCAGGUGCUGAGGAGCGCCGACAGGGCCGUCCAGAGCAGCGGCCGUAGCGUGGCCCUCAUGUACGAGUCCGAGCAAGUGGGCACCGAGGCGGCGAAGGAACUACUGCGACAAGGUGAAUCUCUUAAGCGAUCAGAAAAUAUGGUGAAUAAGAUGGACCAGGAUUUGAAAGUUAGCCAAAAACACAUCAACAGCAUUAAGAGUAUUUUUGGUGGCAUUACAAACUACUUCAAAUCUAAGAACCCAGAGCCACAGGUCUCUCCAGUGCCUGAAAAACAAACUAGCAGCAAAUUACAAGAAGCUUUGGAUAAGAGUAUGCAGCAGGAGAACGAAUACCAAGCAAACCAUCCAAACCUGAGGAAAUUAGACACUUCAGGUUUUGGAGCUGGUAGCAGUUCUGCUUCUCUUGAAGAUGACCGUUACUCUAAAAACAACAUUCUUCGUAGUUAUCAUGCGCAGAUAGAUAGCAAUCUCGAUGAGUUGUCUUCCGGCCUUGGCCGUUUGAAAGGACUGGCGAUUGGCCUGCAGACAGAAAUUGAUGACCAGGAUCAGAUCAUUGACCGAUUGACGACCAAGACUGAGUGCCUGGAUUCUAAGAUUAUUGCAACCGAUCGCCAGAUUCGGAAACUGUAAAAUGUCCAUUGGGAUUUCAAAUGUUUUAAAAUCCACCUUGAAAAUAGCAGACCUUGCAGAAAUAACACUUUAUUCAGGUGGUUUCAUGAGUGGGUUUGAGAGAAAACCAAUUGCAACACCUUUCCUCCCCAGUAAAGAAAUUGACUUGAUUCUUGACAGUGUAUUUCUGAAUGAAUAAUUACGACACCUGAAUUUUUGAUUAUGUAUGCUAGGUGUCUGCAUUACAAAUACUGAUUGAUAUGAUGUGAUACAGAAAGGAGCGGAAGUUGUGCAGCAAUUUUACACGUUUAAUGUGAUUCAUCUGUGCUGUUUUGUACAGGUGGCAGAAAUUGUACAAGAUUUAAAAUUUGAGUCACUACUAAUGCAAAACCUGGAUGCACUUUCUUGUUACUGGUAUCUUUGACGGAAUAGAGGCAGAAAAACUGGCCUGUAUGAGGUCACUGAAGAAUCAUUAAACGUUAGACUCCAGUUCUGUGCUGUGGUCUAAUGAGUCAGAUUUAGCUGGUUCACACAUUGCCUAUUCACUAACAAUUCAGGAUACUCCCAUUCAUUCUAGUCUUGUCUGUGGUUUUGCUCAUUUUUGUGAAGCUUCUGUGGAUAUGUGUAUUUGGCCAUUUGUGACUUGCAGCUGACCAAGCAAUGUAUCAACUUUUUAUGAAGAUUAAUAUAUGUAGCAACAAUAAAUGUUUUCACCACUGAA